GUCGCAUUAAAUAUUUAAAUAUUUAAAUAUUUAUUAUUUAUUCCACCUUUCUUCUACAGCUUGCUGGAUGUUCAUUUCUCUCCUUCGACAUUCCUUUUCAUCCGCAGCUAUUCUCAACUAUUUUAUUUCCCUUAGACACCUAACUUAUUUAGUCAGUUAUAAUAAUUAAAAAAUAAUCCAUCAUCAUUGCAGAGUGAGUGAGUGAGUGAGUGAGUGAGCCCAGCCCCAGCUGCCAUUUCCAUUUGUCCUGUUUUUCAUUGCUCUCUAUCUAUCAAUUGCUACAGAAAGAAAUAAACAAAAUAACAAACAGCCUUGCGGUGUUCCUUCUUUCCUCCCGCCGAGCAUUGUCAGGUUGUAUUUAAUUCUAUUGUACUGUACAUGACCAUAUUUAUAAUUUAUAAUUUAUAUAUUCUAAUCCAACACAACAGUCUACGUUUUGCUACGCAGUAACUAAUCUCGAAGAAUUGCUGUUUGUUUCGCAGUCUUGUUUGUUGUUUGGACCCCCCCCAAAAAAAAAAUUAAAAAAUUAAAAAGUCAACUCUCCGCCUCCUCUCCUCCUCUCCUCCUCUCCUCCUCUCCUCCUCUCCUAACUAUAACAAAACAAACCAUCCGCAUCCUUUUUCACUCCAACACACUCUUUUUAAUUCCUUCCUCCUCCGCGAAUCCCCCGCAUCCAACCGCCUACAUUUCCACCAUCAACCGCCCUCUGCUCCGGACUGGCGGGCAAUAAUAACCCAUCCCUGCUUGAUAGCUCGAUCGUUCCCACUUCACCUUUAUUAAGUAAUAAGUUGUCCUCACGGUUAACUAGUUACCACUCCCAAGCUCCGAUCCGACACCUCCGCAGUACCUACCCGUCUUCGUCGUUUUUACAACAGCUUCAGGCAGGCUAUUCGAGGAGGGAUCGCCUUUUUCUUACAAAAAUGAGUAUGCGCACGAGAAGGCAAAAGGCCGCUGCAGCAGCAGCAGGCGCAGGUUUAGCGCCACCGUCAUCUCAUGAUGAGAUAGAGGAUUCCAUGCCCACCGUCAAUGGUUCUGUGCACAAGAGCAACAGUACACCCCCCCCCCAUUCCACCUCGUCCUCUACCUCCUCCACCUCCAAGCGGAGACGAUCCCGCUCCCCCGCCGUGGUAGCGGAACAGAGAGAGAAUAUAUUCCUUUUCUAUCCUAAUAUAAUCGGCUACUUCCGUGUUUUCCUCGCAAUCGCUUCCCUCUACUAUAUGCCCCUGCACCCGCGAACUUGCUCUCUCCUCUACAGCGUAUCGUGUCUACUGGACGCCCUUGACGGCGUCGCAGCCCGCCACUUCAACCAAUCCACCACCUUCGGUGCAGUUCUGGAUAUGGUGACGGAUCGAUGCACUACAGCUUGCCUGCUGGUGUUCCUGAGCUCUGCAUGGCCACGGUGGGCGAUUAUGUUCCAGGGCCUGAUCAGCCUCGAUCUCGCAAGCCACUACAUGCAUAUGUAUGCAACGUUGACAAUGGGUGGUUCGGGUCAGAGCCACAAAAAAGUCGAUUCGAGCAGGAGUUGGAUCCUGUACCAGUACUAUAAUAGCAGGACCGUCCUCUUCAUCUUCUGCCUCUUUAACGAACUCUUCUUCAUCGGCCUCUACCUCCUCUCCUUCUCCUCGCCUACCCUAUCCCCUUCCCUACUGCAACCCAUUGGCGGCGAAGGAGGACUAGGAGUAGGGUGCGGCACCGCCUCCGCGCAACCAGGUUCUCCAGCACUCGCUCCACUAUCCAGCCUCUUCUCCAGCCCCUGGAGCGCCGGCGCCCUCGAGCUUGCCCGCGCGAACAAGAUGGACAGCUUCUGGCCAUGGGUCAUCACGGGUAUUUCGGCACCGAUCAUGGCGGGGAAACAGUUCAUCAAUGUUGUGCAGAUGGUUAAGGCUAGCCGGUGGUUGGCAGAGGGGGAUUUAAUGAGGAGGAGGCAGCAGGGAUUGUCGUCCGGAGCUAAGAAGCGGUGAUGAUAAAAAGUGGUUAUGUUUUGUUUUAUGUUGCUGCUUUUCAUCAAUCGAAUGGAAUCGAACUUGGGCUUGUCGAUUACGUUUUGGAAUGGAUGGGAAACACUCCUUUGUUUUGGUUCCCGCUCUGACCUUACGCGAUACCCACACCGGAGAGAGUAUGAGUGUGGGCUGCCAGUCUGGUUUCCCUUUCGUUCGGUCUGUAUAUUUUCUCUUUCUUGUUUUCUUUAUUUUAUAUUUUAUUGCCCUUGUAUGGUCUUGUUUCUAUUUCCAUUAACCAUUUGCCCCAAUGGGAGUACAUGUUCUGGGUAGGGUUGGGGGACCUAUAUGCAAAAUUGAGGAGGGAAAUAAAACGAUGAACAACAGGUUGGGUUGACAUGAGCGGAUAUGUGGUCCUUCUAUUUCUUCUUUUUUUAAUUCCUUUUUCGCAUUCUUCCCAUUCAUUGGCUUCUUGCUUGUCUUCUUGCCUUCUCCCUCUUUGUAUUUCUUAGUAUCUCAUUCUUUUGCAAGCAGCGAUUCGAUUACUCAUUCGCUUUACUUAUGUAUUCAUUUUCUGUCGAGAUCCACCUCAUUCUUUUUAGUUCAUUUAUUAUUAUUAUUAUUACUCUUCUACUUUUCUCUUCUUCUUGUAUUCUGAUUUCUUGACCUUGACUCCUUUUUUACUAUUAUUUCUAAUUAUUAUCAUUACGUUUAAAAUUUCUAUUUAUUUCGUAUCUUCUCUAGCAUUGUUGUUUUUCAGCAUGUUUGACCGAGUUCUCUUUCAGUUCUCUUCUCAGUUUCUUCUUUUCCUUACCCUUUCUCUUUAAUAUUUUUCUUAUAUUGUCUUUCUAUUGUUCAAUUUUUUUUUUCUUCCUUGUAGGUUUUGUCAAGGUGUAAAAAGAAAGCUUUAUAACUCUGCUGAUUUUUUACUUUUUGCUUUCUUUUAUAUGUUAAAUUCAAUCGCCGUGUUAUUUCUUCUUAGGUCAAUCUUACUUCACAGUUAGCCUUCAUAUCAUAAUCAUGAGCAAGCCUGUGUCUCCCUGGUUCAAAGUUGUUCUCGGAAUCGAAUUUAUCCAUUAUAGGUACCUAGUUCUGAGCUCCCUCACAUGAUCUGGCGUCAGGCACCCCUUUCCUAGAUAAUUUACACGCGCGCCAAUCCUC